GGACGCUGGUGUUUUCUAUUAUCAAGUCAAUGGGGCUUCUCAGUUGAAGCUUGUCAAGAACAAGCAGCCACGGCUGAGAGGCAGAAAUCGAGGUCCUAUCUCCGACGAUCAUCAUCCCCACAUUCUCAUCAUGUCAUAAGGUCGUACCAACUACCGUACCCAGUUUCAGAACUGCUCGAGGCAGCAAGCAGAUGGGCACAUACAGCUCACGGUAGACUUCAGCACUAAACUGUGUGAGAUGUCUUGGAGCAGUUAGUUAGCGAUCUGGGAGACCGACCAGAUUAGGUGGUAGUACAAAUCUGACUGGAGUAUCGACGAGAUGUGGUCGUAAUGUCUCUUUCACUGGGGAUCAGGGCUUUUUCAGGGCGCCGACUUUUGCAAAUCGCCAGUUGACCCAGAAAGAAUCGCAUGAUUGUUAGCUUCACCUCGAUGUUUGACCUGUUAUUCAUCUUGCCUGCCUUGAGGAGGUCCUUUGUACAACCUCAUCGGUAGUACCACGUGGCCAUACAACAGUAUUGUCCGACUCUUGGUAGGAGUAAUCGCUCCAUAGAUUAUGACUAUCAUCCUACAGUCAUGAGAUGUAGUUGGAAGGGCCGCUUCCAAGCACACCUCGUGUGUGGAAACUCCCGGCUGUCUGACAACGAACGUUUCAUGCACGACAUAUUGCAAGAUCGGGGCGGCCAGAGCCGCCAUGGUAGAGAUCGGACGGGACGAUAGAGAAGUUGGGUUAUCGUUGCAAGAAUCAGCCGUCCGAUCUGAGAAAUGCAGGCGAUAGAACAUGGUGUGCUUGGUUGAGAAAUGGCUAACAAAGUGAGAAGGCGAGCGCAGCAAAUGAAGCCCUGCCACGAAGCUCGCUUUGAUGCUCAACUGCGGCCGCAUCUGCAACUUGCAACUACAGCGACAGUGCAACGGCUAAUUCCCAUCCCAGCAUCUCACCAAUUUCCAUCUUCCUGCUGUUUGUCUCGUUGUCCACGGUCAUGCGUUCCGUCUGGCUGUCGCUUUCUUCCUAUUCUCGCAUGCCACGCUUCUCAAUCUUUGGGUCGCAAGCUCCAGACUAGACACUGUCGGCGCAACCCGGUGCGUCCACGGUUGCCCUCACUUGUAGGGCAAACCUGUCUUUGCCUUUUCCGCCGGCGAUGCGUUGUUUUGACUACUAGUAGCAUGGAUUCUCGAGCAGACACGUUGUCGGGCCGCUUCGGGGAACAAUGGGCAUUCCUGUCGCACCCUCCGCGCAAUACAACUAGUCAGGCGAGAUCCCUCCCACCAUCGUCGAGUUACCUACGAAGCGACCGGAGCAAUGUCUCGCCCCUACCGACUGCGCUUCACUUCCAACACUUGAAUGCCUCCCGUUCCAGCCUGGCCAGAAAUGGGCAGACGUCGUCAAUUGGUGGCAACAGUUCGACCACCAUCCCCUCACAACCCGUGGUUGUUAGAGUCCAUUCCGCCGAUGCUUCCAUCCAGAUCCAUCCCACCAGCCGCCCGCAAAGACCGAAGGGCAAGAUGAGCAUGGACAAUCAGCUCCCACCGAUCCAGGAGUAUAGCAUACAGGGAAUUUUGGCGGCCGUUGAUGAAGAGAUUGAAGACAGUGUCAAUGCAAUCUCCGAGAUUCUGGGCAGGAGCCGGCUGGUUCUGGCGGACCAACAUGAUAGUCAUCUCCCGCCCCAGGGCGAGAUCAGAGCCACGGGCAAUUCUCUCCAGGCAGUGGCGGAAGCAAGCUCGAGCAAUGAAAGAUUGGCGGCAGCCGACGAUGUCUUGAUAUUGAGGGAGGAUGCGAGCCUUGUCGAGGGUAGCCACGCGGGUUCCGCUGCAUAUGGUCUUCUCGAGAGGCUUCAAACCGUGCCACGCAAUCGGCGGAUGAGGAGCGAUGUGCCGACAGAGACUGUGGCCAGGCCCGCUUCUAGCACUGUGCGCAACAAUUCUGCACCUGCUGUGCUCGCCGAAGAGCCCCCAGUUGCCGGAGAGCAUAACGGGACUUCUCAUCCUGAACCCUUACAUGGUCCUCGACAGUUGCUCAGAGAUCAGCCGGCUGAUCACGAAGCCGGGGAGGCUCCAUCUAGAGUGACAAAUGCGGUGGUCUCGGAAACUUAUCUUUCUGCUGGCGCCAACGCGGCCACGGUGUCUGAUCCUCCUGUUGUUUCCGAAGGAGGCCGUCACUAUGUUUUAUACAGCUAUGAUCACGCCAAUAUUUUCGAAACUCCGAUAUCUUCAGCUCCGGCCUGCCGAACGAGCUUCCUCCGAAGGCUUCAGUCUCUGAUACCGAGCGGGGAACUGCAUGCUCUGACCACUUGGGUCCACGGUCGCAGCAGCCCGGUGGUUACUGCAGAAUCUCAAUUGAGAGACAUCCUGGCGAGGCAGCAGCGCAGAGAUCUGUUGCAAGGCGACAUGCAACCUGGACAUGAGGAUGCUGAAAUGUACUCUUGAUGACAUUGUUCUAUGAUAAUGAACACCUAUGGUUUUAUUUUGAUCAUCACAGUCUUGGUUUCGAGGAAAUUGUUCAGACUGAACCCAAAUCCUUCUCUUCCCACUCCACUGCUCUUGAAGCCGCCAAAUGGCAUGUCUUUGGCGACAAAAGGACUCGUGCAGUUGACUCCCACGGUGCCCGCUUCCAGCGCUUUGGCGAAGCGCAUCGCUCGGUUGAUGUCCCGGGUGUACACGGCGGCGUAGAGCCCGAACUCACUGUCAUUUGCUUUGGCAGACACUUCCUCUUCGGUUUUGAAGGUGUUGAUAUUUACCACCGGUCCAAAGAUCUCUUCCUUCAUGAUCGUUGCAUCUUCUCGUGUUCUUAAGAAGACGGUGGGCGGCACGAAGUAGCCUUUCUGAGCUUUAUCGGGCAAACCAGCAAGUUCGGGCGUGCCACCCAAGACCAGCUCCCCAGACUCUUUUCCUGCCGAGAUGUAUUUGUGGACGGUCUCGUAUUGGGCGGCGUCUGCCUGAGGUCCGUGUGUCGUUGCAGGAUCGAGAGGAUCACCUGGGGAAAUGGCAGCAAUUUUGGCCUUGAACGCCUCCACGAACAUGUCGGCGAUGCUCUCUUGGACAUAAAUUCUGCUAUUCGCCAUGCACACCUGCCCGCUAUUCCAUUGAACACUGGUCUGUGUCUCGGCAACCGCGUCAUCGAGAUCGCAGUCUUCGAAAACGAUGGCUGGUGAUUUGCCUCCCAGCUCAAGGAUGACAUGUUUCAGAUUGGACUUUGCAGCUGCAGUCUGGAUCAGGCGGCCGGUACGGCACGAUCCAGUAAAGCUGAUUGCUCGGACAUCCAUAUGAGAAGAUAGGAUUGCGCCAGAAGUCUGACCAUGGCCGGAAAUAACGUUGAGCACGCCUGGGGGGAAUUCAGCCUUCUCUACCAAAGUCGCAAACUUGGCCGACUACGGCAUCUGUCAGCCAGGAUGCUUCACACUCUUCUGUCUGGACUUACGGUCAAAGGGGCCUUCUCACUGCUCUUGAGGACAACCGUAUUUCCUGCUGCUAGCGCUGGAGCCACCUUGUUCCCAACAAACACCAAUGGCGUGUUGAGACUGGUCACCCCCUGGACAUCGUAGCCUGCUUCAGCGUAGUGGUCGAAAGAGCUUGCUGCCGUAUAGUUGUCGAAGUACGUCGAGACUGGUCGUCCCAUGGACAUGGCGUCGAGGGCGGCGAGCUCCUUUCCAUUUUCGCGAAGGAGAGCUGCCAGCUUUUUCAGAAACGUGCCUCUUUCAUCCGGGGAGAGGGCCGACCAUGAUGGGAAUGCUGCUUUGGCGGCAGCGACAGCCGCAUCAGUGUCUCUUUCGCUUGCUUCGUGCACUGGUAUACCGCGUUAGUUCGAGGAAUGCUCAACACGCAAGAAAAUCAACUAGCAUUCUGACAACCGUGGUAAACGUACCUUCAGCAACAACUUCCCUGGUCGUGGGAUUUCUGAUCGGAAAGGUUUGCCCAUUCGAUGAUUCAACAAACUGUGGUGGACUAGCGUCAGUAUAUCUGUCGGCACUCGCGCCGUCAUUGCACGCACCUUGCCGUGGAUGAACAACCUGGUUUCUAUCUUUUCAAUGGAGCCCAUCUUGAGAGGUUGCAGCAAAGUUCGCGGUGUAUGUUAGCUUGGUCGCGAGACUCUCGCACGAUCCUAGCGAUGUUUGGCGACACUUAUGAAGGUCUACUGUAAUCAGGCAGACAACUGCCGAGCAUGCCACGACCGGUGAUCCCGCGCUGGCGACAUUAUUACAGAUUCGGCAGGUCCUUAAAUUUCUGGCUCGAGGCUCCAUUUUGCGACGGUGGGGGUUGGAGGGGCCAGACCGAACGGGAGCCGAAUAUGGGGCUGCUCAUGAGGCUGAGGCCGCUGCCAAACAACCAUUGUUGCUCCAUGCACGAAAUCAUACACAGCUGACAGUAAGGCAGUUUGAAGGGAUCCAGGAGUCUUCAGGUCACUCUCCGCGACGAUGGAGUCACACGGACUAUAAGUCGAGAAGCGGCCUACCAAUCGGCCAUCAGCCGGAAGAAAUAGUUAGCAAUGAGCCACAGCUGACUGUGAAAACUGCCAAAUGAUGUCUCCACAACACUCCUGAACUGCCAUAACAACAAGCAACUACUGUAAUAUACAUUGUGCAUUGCGGACAAUGUCCUCGCCGCUCGCUGGCGACUUCAUUCGCCAUGUGCUGAACCUCCAUUGACCUGAGUGGUCCCGUUUAAUGCGUGUACCUCUCCGACUAGGCCAUUUUGCGCCUCCAUAUGUCGCUGCCGAACCUGCCAAGGUAGUGGCUCUCUUGCAGGUUGAGCAGGGCCAACAUCACCGGUUUCCGACCGCCUUCGUUGCCAUUCGGCAAUGUCUCUCUGGUCGACGAAAUUGCCAUGUAAACCCAACCUCAGCUUGAAAGGCAAGUGAAUGACGGCCAACGGCCCCUUAGCCACAUGCAGUGCAUCAAAGAUGACGAUAUCAUUACGGAGCACGUCGAGAUGGUUGAGCAGGGCGAUGAUAUACCCUUCUCCCUCCUUGCCGUUUUCCUUUGGUAUAAAAGUCGGUUCCUGGAAGGUGGCCUUGGGACCGGUGAAAAAGACAUCCUCGGUCCUGUCAUCCCAGCUAUAAUGGCCCAAGCAGUUGAAGAGACCUCCGGCGGGCGAACCACACUUGGCAAAGUCGUAAGGCUUGGUUGGAUCGACUUUGGCCUGCCAGAAGUGGUUGUACUUCUUGGUCACGUAUCGAUCAUCAAUGCGAGAGAAUUCCCCGUUGGUCAUCCACCUCUCUGCUGGAGUGACUCGUGUGCCCGACUUGGCCUUGGGAUCGAAUAUCCAGCGACAAGUGGGACUUUGCAGUUGAUUGCGUUUGGCGAGAGGCGCUUCUUUCUCGUUGACGGGCGGGAAGAAGAAGAAGACGUUGCCAUCGGCCACUGUUAGGUCAAAGACGAUGUGGCCGUCGUCGUUCUCAUAGCAGCCUGCAGUAUGGCCAUGAAAAGCUAAUCGAAUCAAAAGGGUACGGUAGUCAGCAUAUGCCAUGCCGUCUAUUGCCAGACAAUAGACAGAAGGAUAAGAUUUGGAUGGCACAACACCGUACCACUGAUCCUCAUUGGGAUCCCAUGCCCAAUGGUUACCACCUUUUUGCAGCGUAUCCAUCGAAGUCCAUUUGAUCGGCGUCAAAGGGAGAACAAGGUAAUUUUCACUAAUGCCACAAUCAUGAAUCAUACCACAGAAGGGAGCCUUGUACCAAGUUUCCUCGACUUUGCGUCCGGCUCUGUCAAUGGUCCAUACCACAAUAUCGUUCGAUCCAUCAUGUCCGUUUCCGCCCGCCUCAUAAGCGAAGCAGAUCAUCUCGCCCGUGUCCGGGUCGAAUUUCGGAUGUGCAGUGAAAGUAGGCGUCAAGAUCUGCCCUUCAAAGUCAUACCGUCCAAUAGUCUCGAGUGUCACUGGGUCCAUGAUGAAGGGCGGACCAUCCUCCUUCGAAGCCAGCAAUACACCUCUCCAGAAAGUGAUGUUGGUGUUUGCCGCGGUGCGAAUGACUCCCUUCACGGUCUCGUUGUCCGUGUAGGGGUUGCGGUAUCGUCCAAACAGGGCUUUGCGAGCCGCAGUUUCGGCCUGGUAUCGUUCCGUCCGCACGUACCGCUGCUUGAAGUCCGCGUGGCCGUUCUGGAUUCGAAUCGCCGUCACGCUCCCGUCGCCAUUGAAGUGGAUGUCGUCUUCGAAUAUGGGCGGGAACCGGUGGUCCGGCUGGACGCGGUAGAAUGUCCCGUUGAUCUCGGGCGGGAUCAGUCCGUCGACUUCGAGGUCGAUGAUGUCGCCUUCAAGUCGGGAUGGGAGGUUGAAGCCCGAAAAGACGCCUGUCUCCGGAAAUUUGGUCUGGUCGGAGGACUUUUUGCCGUUGAUGUAGUUGGGACCCGGGGCAAUUUGCGCCGCGAGGUCGUAGAUGUGUGCCAUCUUGGUUCUCUUCUGUCUCUAUUCUUGGGGUUUUGGGGAGCGGUGCGGUUGCUACUGGGUAUUGGUUUUCAGUUCUUCAGAAAACAUAAUCUGUUUGUACAGGCACAGUGCAACCGGAGGACCGAGAUGUGAUGUUGGUUUUCUGCUCCUUGAUCCAUGCAUUGAAACGGUAGGCGUUACCUUAUUCUAGACCAUAAUCUGCAUUCUUUGACCACUAGUAUUCCCUACCUAUUCACAUGCCAGUGGGAAGCAACUAUAGUACAUAGUACUGUAUGGGUGCUUCGGCAUCUGAGCAUCUGUUUAUCUGCCGAAAUGGGGAAAAGAGAAGAAGG